AUGAAAUUUGAUAAGGAAGACGAAGUCAACUAUCGGAUUCGUUUGACUGCUUCUUUAAAUGUGACUCGAAUAUUGUUGAAACAAGGGUUGGCUUUUCGAGGAAGUGAUGAAUCAUUGGAGUCUGAAAAUAGGGGAAACUUUAUAGAGAUACUUGAUUGGUUGCGUGAGCAAAAACUUGAGGUAGCAGCGGUGACAUUGGAGAAUGCUCCUCGCAAUAAUCAGAUGGUUUGUCCUUCAGUUCAAAAGGAAUUGACAAAUUGUUGUGUUGUUGAAACUACAAAAGUUAUUUUGGAAGAUAUUAAAAAUCGAAAGUUCUCUCUUUUGGUUGAUGAAGCGCGCGAUGCAUCGAUAAAAGAACAAAUGGCAUUGGUUCUGAGGUAUGUUAACAAUGAUGGAGAGAUUGUAGAAAGAUUCUUGGCUUUGGUUCAUGUCACCGAUACCACGGCAAAAUCUUUGAAAGAAGGGAUUGACUUUGUAUUUUCUAAGCAUGGUUUAUCUUUGUCACGCUUAAGAGGUCAAGGUUAUGAUGGUGCAUCAAAUAUGCGAGGUGAGUACAAUGGUUUGAAAUCACUUAUAUUGAAAGAAAAUCCAUCUGCCAAGUACGUUCAUUGUUUUGCCCAUCAACUCCAAUUCGUUGUGGUAAAUGUUACAAAAGCACAUGGUGUUAUAAGUGAUUUUUUUACCAUUGCCACUAUGAUUGUCAACACAUGUGGUUCAUCUUGUAAAAGAAAGGAUAAACUACGACAGAUUGAGCAUGAAAAGCUUGUCGAAGCUAUAGAAAGUGGAGAAAUUAAAAGUGGAAAGGUUUUAAUCAAGAGAUGA